UCAAAGUCCCUCUUUCCCUGUUUCAUGUCUCCUAAAUUUGACAGCCCAGUUCAGACUCAAAUGGCUGUUGCAGUCCUUAACAGAUCUCUCAAUAAUGAGUACCAUGGUAUUAUGAGUAGCGAGGGAAGGCCUUCUUGGAGGCGGCGAGUGUUUGUCCAGACAGACACAGGCUGUGUCCUUGGAAUUGAACUGGAUCGUGGGGACAAUGCCCAUACAGUGAAGAGGAAACUGCAGGUGGCUCUUAAUGUACCCACUGAAGAAAGUUCACUUACGUAUGGUGAUCGUGUGCUGAAGAAUGACCUCAGUGAUGUUCGAAAUGAUUCCCCCUUACUCUUGACCAGGAACCUUAUUCAUAGAAGUUCUUCCACCCCUUGUUUAUCUCCAACUGGGAAGGAUCUCCAGCAUAGAGACAGGAGUGGCCCAAUUGAAAUAUUAGGAUGCCCAAGCCAUUGCUCAGUAGCAAAGCAGCUUGUUAAGAGUGUUGUGAAGGCCAUUAAAAGUGGUGUGGAUCCUAUACCUAUUCGUAACGGGCUUGGGGGUGCUUAUUAUUUCAGGAACUGUAAGGGUGAGAGUGUUGCCAUCGUAAAGCCAACUGAUGAAGAGCCAUUUGCACCAAAUAACCCAAAGGGAUUUAUUGGGAAAGCUCUUGGUCAGCCAGGCCUGAAGAAGUCAGUCCGAGUUGGGGAGACCGGCUUCAGGGAAGUUGCUGCUUUCCUUCUUGACCACGAUCACUUUGCAAAUGUCCCUCCUACAGUUCUUGUUAAGAUCACCCACUCAAUGUUUAAUGUGAAUGAAGUUGUUAGUGGAAAUAGCAGUAAGCCUCCAAAUAAUUAUAAGCGAAACCCUAUUAGCAAAAUUGCUUCAUUCCAGCAGUUCGUACCUCAUGACUACGAUGCCAGCGACCAUGGUACCUCAAGUUUUCCCGUUUCUUCCGUGCACAGGGUUGGAAUACUUGAUAUCAGGAUUUUCAACACAGAUAGGCAUGCUGGGAAUCUGCUGGUGAGAAAGCGCAAAAAUGGAUCUGGCAAGUUUGGUGGUGAAGUGGAUCUUACUCCCAUUGAUCAUGGUCUUUGCCUUCCGGAAACCUUGGAUGAUCCAUACUUUGAGUGGAUCCAUUGGCCUCAGUCGUCAAUCCCAUUCUCCAAUGAGGAGCUUGAAUACAUUGCCAACCUUGAUCCAGUGAGAGAUGCCGAGAUGCUUAGAAUGGAACUGCCAAUGAUCCGUGAAGCAUGCCUUAGAGUUCUUGUCCUCUGUACCCACUUUCUCAAGGAAGCAGCAGCCUUUGGGCUUUGCCUGGCGGAAAUUGGUGACAUGAUGAGUAGACAAUUUACAGGGAGGGAUGAAGAACCAAGUGAGCUCGAGGUUGUUUGCAUCGAGGCAAGGAGUCUGAUAUCUGAAAGAGAAGUGUUCCUUCCUGAAACGGACAUAGAUGAAGAACAAAUUCAGUUUGAUAUUGACUGUGAAGAGACUGAACCUAUCAUGUCCAAGCCGCCCAGUUUCUAUUUUGGCUUUCGUGGGGGGAGUUCCAGGAACCCUCUUUCAAAGCUAGAUGAGAGUUUGGAGGAUGAAGAGGAAGAAUAUGAGGAUAAAAACGACGAUUGUGCAUAUAGUGCGAAGGGCAUAUUUCCUGUUAGCAGACGAUCUUUUAAUGCGUCAAAGCUGUCUUUUUCACUAAAAAGCAUCAGUCUCACCGGCAAAUCUCAGCGCCAUCAUGGUGGUUUCCUGAAGCGGGAUAAGAUCAUUGGAAAAAUUAACAAUAGCGGCUGCGAUGGGGGUCUUCAAGGAUGGAGCAGGAGCGCAAACGAGCAGCUGACAGUUAGUGCAAGCUACGUGAAUCUUGCAGACAUGGGUGAGGAAGAGUGGGGAGCAUUCCUUGAGAAGUUCCUGGAGCUACUGCCGGGCUCUUUCCGUGGCAGGAAGUGUAGGAGUGCUGAUCAGAAGAAGAGGCUGGGUACUUCCUGCCAGUUUUGAGUAGGAGAUAGAAGAGGAGCAUGUGACAUGAAGGAGCGGCUGCUUUCUUGUUUUCAUUCGUUUUCCCAAGUAGUUCGUUGUUUGUUGUGUGCCCUUUGGUUGGUAGUAGGUGUAAGGAAAUUGAAAAUGGGGGUUUUUUCUGAAAAUAAAGCCAUUGCGAUGGGAUCUCUCUGGAUGGUGUGCCUAAUCUGGAGGGUUGAGAUGAUAGGCAAGAUGGAGUUGACGUUACAUCUGUAUAUAUAAUCUUAUGCCCAAGUUUGAGAGCCGUUUUAUCUUGAAGGUGACUGGUGGUGAUGGCUUGCCUUUUGUUUUUGUUAAUUUUAUGUUUCCUCAGUAUAUUACAUGCUAUCAAUGAUCUUGGUACGCAGCUGUUGAGCCAGAAAUCCAAUAUAUUUGAGCAUGUUGGCUUUAUAUAUCCUGUCUAAACAUUCAGUGCCAAUGGUUUGAAGAA